CGUUGGGAGGGGGAGCAUUUGUUUGUUUUUGUUUGUAAUAUUUAUUGGGAGUUUAAAGCAAUUUUAACUUCAAAAACCUCUCUUUUUUAAAUAUAUAUUUUUUUAUAAAAGGAAUUGCUCUAGUUUCUUUUUGGCCAAGGCUUUGCACUGCUUAACUCUUUUCUGGCCACUGUAACUGAAUUGACAUAUGCCACAAAUCUGUAAUUCAGAAAAUGGUACACAAGAAGUCUGAGUAUGAACUUCAGUAUCACAAGCUGACAAAUGAUAUAAGAGCUCAGAUAUGGAAGGAAAAUCUUAUCUUUAGAGAGUCUCAAAAACGCAAGAACUCAUCGGAUCACUACUGGCGUUAUCAGCUUAUUGAUGAUGCUUGCGACUGUGAAAGAGGGAGUGAAGAGGAUGGGGUCUUAAAACGAUGGAGAUAUUUGAAUAAAACAGAUGAGGCACAAAAACCUCGUAUUCUCUAUCAAGAUAUGGCUGUGCAAACUUCAGAUUGUGAUGAAACUGUCCAUAAAGUACCACAUUUAGAGGAGAGUGCUGCAGAUGUUCCCUUGGAAUUGAAGACCCCUUUCAAAGAAGAUUCUAGCAAGUGUACAUCACCUGUUGCAAAAGCUGACAUUCCUGAAAAUUGUACAACAGCCUUGAAUGGAUCAUCGUCAUUUAAUCAGCAAAUUAGUUCAUUUAAUGAGGAAAGAAAUAAGUCAAGAGAAAACCUUCAAUCAGUGAUUCACAAUUUGAAUCCUACAAGUGUUGAGACCCCUUCAAAAGAUGUAGUGCACUGGUCGCACUUUGGCCUUUCGCCUUCUCGUAGUGCAUUGAAAAAUUAUCGUUUGAAAUGCAAAUCUGAACCUGUGUUUGCUGCUUUUGGAUGUAAUGAGUCUAAUAUAGAUGUGGGCAGCCACAAGACCUACAAUGUGCGAGCACCUGAGAAUCAGGUUCAUAAGACCGCUCUUAUGGCAUCUGGAAAGAGGCUCCAUGAAUUAGAGUUAAUUUUGGCAGAACAACUAAAGAAGAAACGCCAGGAAAGAUCACAACUUUUAAUCGGGCCUGUUAAUUCAAGCAGUAUUUGGAUGACAGAAUAUCAAGAGUGUUUUUCCAGAGGGCAAAGAGAGCCCCUUGCCAGAAGUGCUUUUCGAAGACCUGUUGUAUGGCGUUACACAUAGUUGCAAGCUUUUCUACACUCUUUUCUUGUUCUUUACCUAUAGUUUUGACUGCUUUGUGUGAAGUCACUUAAGUUUUAUUGAUUUUUAUGCACAUUUUUUAUGCAAAUUUUACCAGGGGAUGAGAGUGAUUUUGUUUUAUGAUGCACCCUUCCACUUAAUUGUUUGUGAUAUGUAAUGAUUUAUCAAAAUGUUUUCAUUUUGAUGUUAAGUCCCCUUAAUUCUUUUGUAAGAAUUUUGUACUAAGACCAGGGAAUAGUAAUUAUCUGUGAUAAUGAAGUUUUACAAUGUACCUUACAAACCGUCCAAACAAAUUUGAAUCAAAGAAGCCUGUAUAAAAAUUUUAUAUUUAUAUUUUUACCUUUUUAAUGAUUAUGAAGUUUUACAAUGCACCUUACAAACCGCCCAAACAAAUUUAAAUCAAAGAAGCCUGUAUAAAAAUUUUCUAUUUUUACCUUUUUAAUGAUUGUAAACUGUCAUUGAAUCUAUUGACUACUUAAGUGAAUUUUGGAGUGCCUUUGAAACUGACAGAAUAAAAUCUGAUUCACAACUGA